UCCAUUACAAAAUCAAAAGGAACACAAGCGUUAACCAGAGCGAAGGGAGGAGGCGAGAUUUUCGUUGGAGAAGAAGGCGAAAUGGAUGGCCAUGGCAGAAUUCCCACCUCGAAAUCGUCGGUCAAAUUCGAAACCAACGGCCCUUUGUCACAAAAUCCUAGCGUCCUCUCGAUCCAGCCCCAGAUGCAUAUAUUUGGCCGCGAAAUCUGCGUCGAUUUACAGAUUUCUGUUACUAAACUUCAGGCCAAAUCUUACACCCACACACACACAGAAAGAGAUUGAGAUUUCAAUAACCCAUAUGCGUUUCAAACCCUACUUCGAUUAAUCGCAAGCAAAAAGGAAGAAAAUGGCGGAAGCGAAUUCGGAAGAGAAGGUGAAUGAGAAUCCUGAAAUGGAUGUCAAAGAAGCUGUGAAUGGCGAUGGUGUUGGUAGUAGUAAUAGCAAUGGUAAUCUUUCCUUCAAAUUUAAUGCUCAAGCGCCUGAGUUCUUCCCUAGAUCGCAAACUCAGAUGCCUGUUACCGGCUAUUUUCAUCCCUAUUUUCAUUUUCUUGGUGGGGCUCCUGCUACUUCAGACUGGUUCUUUAUUGGCGAUCAAGAACCCACCUAUUUGAUCCCUAAUCCCACCAUUCCUCUCCCAAAUUUCUCUAAGAACGCCCGUUCGGAGGAUAUUCAGCAAAAAAUCGUCAAACAGGUAGAAUAUCAGUUCAGUGACAUGAGUCUUCUUGCAAAUGAAUCUCUUGCAAAAAACAUUAGCAAAGAUCCUGAUGGUUAUGUUCCAAUUUCUGUUAUUUCGUCCACCAAAAAAGUAAAGUCCCUCUCAACCAACAACAAUUUGAUAGUUCAAGCUCUCCGAUCCUCUUCAAAGCUUGUUGUUAGUGCUGAUGGGAAGAAAGUUAAACGUAAGCAUCCGUUUACGGACAAGGACAAAGAGGAAUUGCUGUCUCGUACAGUCGUUGUGGAGAAUUUGCCCGACAAUCACUCGCACCACAACCUCGAGAAAAUAUUUAGCGUCAUUGGGAGUGUGAAGACGAUCCGAAUCUGUCAUCCCCCGGAAUCAAAUCCGUGCUGCUCUAAAGGUGAAUUAUUUAUCAGUAACAAGCUUCAUGCACUUGUGGAAUACGAGACCGUAGAGUUGGCUGAAAGAGCGGCUGAGAAGUUAAAUGAUGAGAGAAACUGGCGGAAAGGGCUCCGAGUAAGGUUAUUACUCAGACGCUCGCCAAAAUCAGUUCUGAAGACUCGAAAAUCAGAAUUUGAAAGUAUUCUGGAUGAAGAUGAUUCACCAUCUCCUGUAUCUAUUGAACAAGAAUCUCCUCAGUCAAAUAUUGCUGAACUAACUACUGAUUUCAGUUCUGAGGAGAACUCAACAUCAUCUAAAAAGGGCUGGGGUCGAGGCCGUGGGAAGGGUCGUGGACGAGUUCAUAACCAUCUCGAUCGUAGCUAUAGCUUACCAGUUACAGCUAUGCAAUCGAGUAGUCAGAUUCUAUGUGAAGCAUCGUCCAAACUCACUUCUAAGAGUCCGAGAAUGCCGGAUGGGACGAAAGGUUUCACCAUGGGACGAGGCAAGCCAUUAAAUUCUAAAUCUGUAUUUUGAAUGAAUAGAAAUGUAGGGAAAUCUCUCUUUGAUUGUUUAAGUACGGUGGAAGGAACUAUGACAAUUUUGCUGCUACCUAUUUCAUUCUUUCUUUUUUUUUUUUUCCUUUUUAAUCGACAUGUUUGAUAGGAUUUUGGUUUGUAUAAUGUGGCGCUAGCCAUCCAUUCACUGUGAGCAACUUCAACUGUUUUUCUAGCUUUAUCCUUUUCAUAUUGUCUUGACCUGUUCUUCGACGUGUUGGAAAUCUGUGCAACCAUCGGCGAGGGGACGAAAAUCGCACGAUUCCAGUUGUUGUAGGUAAGCCUUGUUUUGUUUUCAAAUCUCCCUCAAGUUGUCGUUUUUGUGCUCUUCGAUCUUCUUCUCUGUCUCGUUUCCAUUUCAGGGUGUUUGCUGUCGUGUUGCACCUUACCAUGGUUCACCAUUGUGAUUCCUUGGCCGCAACUGGAUUUUUCCCAAUGAUCGUUGCUGCCAUCUUCAUAGAGGAAUGGUGAGCAGAAAUGUUCAACUGGAACAAGUAAGAAAAUUGGUCUUUCAAACUGUUUUGAUCUGGUUUUAGGAGGCUCGUUCGAUCCAGUUUCAGAUUGAUUUUAUGGAUUUUCAAUCGGUUUAGUUGAGUUCACGUGUAUUCCAACCUGUUCGUGUCGAGUCUGACUUACUGCAUUUCAUGUUGGUUUCCCUUCUGUUUUGGAGUUUUUCUUGCUUUUUGGACUAAAUUCAAAUGGAAUUUUUAUUUUUUUAGCA